CUACCUCGUAUAUUUCAGGUUUAAAACCAUUUAGGUGUUUAGGAAAAUCCACUGAAAUUUAUUGUAUGAAAUUUCUUACAUUCCAGAGCAAAAUAUUUUCAUGUUUGUAAUUGUUAUUUUGUUAUCUUUUUUCUGCUUGUAAAAUACAUAAAUGUAAGAGAGGUAAUGUGUACAUAACAUACAAUUUAUAUUAGCAACCGCAAUCUGGAACCAUUAGCUACGGAAAAAAUUUUUUUCUUUUUAUCCCUGUCCGAAAACCGGGAAGGGCGCUCACUGGGAAUUUCAUGUAAUUAUGAUACACAAAAAUAACAUUCACAAAAUAAAAUGCACAAAAAAAUACAUUGAUUAAUUCUUCAGCAAUAAUUUCAAUUUUUUAAUUAUGCUCUUGGCUAUUUUUAAAAAUCCUCCAAUUCUAUAAGUUAAAUCAUAAAUUAAAAAUAUAAUCCAUUUCACACAUUUCGUGUGUGAAUAGUGGUUACAAUUAUAAUACAUUAAUUAAUUAAUUCACAUACAUGUAAUAAAUUAAUAGUAUCUACCUAUUUUUUAAUUGUUUAUUGUAGGUCUCAAAUUAAAAAAAAACGAUGGCGUUAAAACGACCCGUGCAGUUUUUAGACGAUUUAAGUUCAGAUGAAGAUGAUUAUUAUGAAAAUCAGCGCAAAAAAGCCCUUAUGGAAAAUUCUACACCUGAGAAGAGCCAUAAGUGUGCUGGAGCCGAGGGCUCUGUCCAACCUGACGAAGUUAUUGGAACUCCUGACACAUCAUUUAGUGGUGAUGACAAUGGCAAUGAAGUCGGUAAGGUUGAUGAGGAUGAAGUUCCUGAGCAAGCAGACAAGGAUGAAGUUCCUGAGCAAACAGAUGAGGAAGAUACCAAUGAGGACAGAGAGACAGGAAUUGUGAGAGCUGCCUGCGCGUACGGAGCUUCUUGCUACAGGCGGAAUCCGCAGCACAAAGCAGAUUUUAGUCAUCCAGGCGAUCCAGACUAUGCUGCUCCCGGUCCUUCUCAGGGCGGUCCUAAACCUCAUUGUCAGUAUGGAACAUCUUGCUACAGGAAAAAUCCUCAACACAAAAUUGAUUUUGACCAUUCCAUGCCACCAACAUUACCGGAUAAACCAAAAAAGCAACUAAGAGCUAAGACUAAAGACAAGAGCAAUGAUGAUGAUGAUGAGUACGAGAGCGACUUUAUCGAUGAUGAAGAGGAGGAGGAGGAAGAAGACGUUGAAGAGUCUGAUGAAGAGUGGGAACCUGACCACGAUGACAAUGAAUGAAACUGUGCAGUGAGUA